AUGUCUGUAGAUCGUAGUUGGAUGUAUAAGCGAUUAGAUGUCAAUGGCUUCCUUAAUCCUGAAUUUGAGGUUGGGGUGGAGUAUUUUUUAAAUUUUGCCUAUGCACAAGUAGAUGUUGCCUCCAAUGACAAGAUUCGUUGUCCUUGUUCUAAAUGUAAGAACAAAAAAUACCUACAAAGAAUUGAUGUCACCUAUCACUUGUAUAAAUUUGGAUUUGUUGGGGCAUAUACUCAGUGGGAUGCGCAUGGUGAAGGUUUCACAUCUGAAUUUAAUUCUUUACCAACUUCUAGUACUUCAAUUGAUGAUAUGACUCAAUCAACUGAUACAAAUAAUUAUAGAAGUAUGGUUAUGGAAGCAAUGAAUUUUGAUGAGGAUAUGGCUGGAGUGAGAAAUUGUUUCAUGGGCCUUGAACAAGAGGAACCAAAUCCAAAUGCUUCAAGUUUCUAUGGCUUGUUACAUGAUGCUGAUGCUCCCUUAUGGGAAGGUUGCAAUAAUCAUACACGCUUAUCAGCUGUAUCUCAACUAUUAAAUUGCAUGUCAGAUUUCCACAUUAGUCAUAAUUGUUUUGACAAUUUAUUAUCAAUAAUAAAGAGCAUGCUACCAGAAGGUAAUCUCUUGCCAAGCAACUUCUACAACACGAAAAAGAUGAUGUCAACUCUGGGGCUUGGUUAUCAAAAAAUCGAUGUCUGUGUCAACAAUUGCAUGCUAUAUUACAAAGAAAACAGUGAUGGAACAUCAUGUAAAACUUGCGGUCACCCUCGGUAUAAGCCAAGGAAAUCAAGUACGGCUCGACAAAAAAAUCUACCAUUUAAAGUGUUACGUUACUUGCCUUUGAUUCCUAGGCUUCAAAGGUUGUUUAUGUCAUCCAAAACCGCAGUGCACAUGGUAUGGCAUGCUUUUAACCAACAUACUGAUGGGACUAUGUCACAUCCUAUUGAUAGUGAGGCAUGGAAGCACUUUGAUCGCACUUAUCCUUUGUUUGCAUCUGACCCUAGGAAUGUUCGGCUUGGAUUAUGCACUGAUGGAUUCAAUCCCUUUGGGCAACGUUCUAAUCCUUACUCUUGUUGGCCAGUAAUAAUUGCAGUGUAUAACUUACCUCCUUGGAUGGCCAUGAAAAAACCUUAUAUGUUCUUGAAUAUGGUGAUUCCGGGUCCUAAAAGCCCUGGUAAGAGUUUGGAUGUGUUCUUGAGGCCUUUGAUUGAUGAGUUGAAAAUGUUAUGGACUGAAGGAGUUUUGACUCAUGAUAUUCAUACUAAGUAG